AGUCCUAUUCUCUUACCGGGUUACCCCUCAGACUACCACUGGUAUCUCUCCGGCUGAGCUACUCUUAGGGAGAUUACCUCGCACUAGGCUUGAUCUCCUCAAACCACAUCUCGCAGAAAGGGUGGAAAGAAAACAGUUAGACCAGAAAGCUCGCCAUGACCAGAAAGCGAGGUCACGUACAUUUAGGGUCGGCGAUAAGGUACAUGUCUAAAAUUUAAGUUCAGGUGACCGGUGGUUACCAGGGAAGAUAGUGAGUUUGUCUGGACCAGUUUCGUUUGUUGUGGAACUGGUGGAUGGCAGACGUAGGAGAUGUCAUCAGGACCACCUGAGAACCAGAGUAGUAGAAGACGGAGGUCCCGAGAUGUCUUCGAUGUCUCCAGACGAGACUCUUCCUGUAAGUUCCUCUGCCACACCCGGGGCUACUGAGAACACUCCUGUUACUGCAGUGGGAAAUUCUCAACCUCCACCGGUUGAUUCGAACAUUUCGAUCGAUCCGCCUCGACCAUCGAACAAUUCGAACGAUUCGUCGAAUGCGACCGAUUCAUCCUUCGCGUCGACAUCACCUCCGGAGGCAGCCGAUUCUGCCCCGAACCGUUACCCCCUGCCGUCACAGGAAACCUACUGAAAGGUUCGAACCUGGAACGGCUUAAUAACUAGAUUUUGUGUAUGCACAUUUUUUACAUUCGGUGUGUAUUGUUUAUAACUCGCACUUAAUCUGUAUUGUUUUGGUUUGUGUAUGUCAUUCAUUGUGUAUGUGUUCCUUGUUGUACUCACUAAGGAGGGAGGAAUGUAGUAGACUCCUUGUUAUGUCAUUGUUAUGUCAUGUAUCAUUUCCGGUUCCUGUCUGUAACGUAUAUAAGUGCAUGAAAUCGUAUGAUGUGUGUCGAACCCAUUACCGUGAAGUUACGACAAAGGUUGACCUCUCCACUGCUGCAGGAGGAGCAACUGCAGUCUAGUGAAGCUCUGGUGGCUGACUUCCAACAUUGUCUACAGAUCAAAGACUCAGAAUUUGAGACUCUCAAGAGGAAGACCUCAUCAAAGGCAGAUGGAGCUGACUCUGCAACACCAACAGUUAUGCCACAAUCCACCCCAUCCCCAAUGAGAUCAAGAAAGCUCACUGUGCAGUGUCGUACAAAGGAGACAGCCCCACAGCGGAUGCUAAGAGGAUCUGCAACAUCCGACGGUCGAUUUGCUUACUUCACACCUCACGAAUCUCGCUCAAUGUACAGAUACGAAUGGAGGACAGGAAAAUGGGAUGAGGUCGUAUCCAGUUGUCCCGCACAUGACUCUGGCAUAGUGUUCGGUGACAAUGAACUGAUUUCUGUGGGAGGUGGGGCAUUAUUUCCAACUAGCAAGGUCCUGUCGCUGAAAGGGAAGGGAUGGGAGGACAAAUACCCUCCAAUGAACACGGCCCGUUACUCUCCCGCUGUAGUCGCCACGCCUGAAGGCAAUUACAUGUACAUCUUUGUCAUUGGGGGCUACACUGGAAAUGGACGCUCGACUACCGCAGUUGAACUGUUGCAAGUAAAGACUAGGAAAUGGUACCGACUGGUAAAUUUGCCGCAACCUCUCACUGCACCGUCAGCUGUGGUGUGCGGUGAUACCCUGCAUGUGAUAGGGUACGAAGCUCAAGGCUACUCGUGCUCUCUGCGAGCUCUGCCGCCCAGUGAUCAACCGAUUCCACCACAGCUCAUAUCCUGGACACCUCUCCCUCCCCUACCAGUGACCCACUCGACGGCUGGCACUCUCGGUGGACAGCUUCUUCUUGUUGGUGGGAGGAAGGCCAGCUCGCCAACCAACUCCAUUCACCAGCUGGUGGAUGGAGAGUGGGUGGAGAUUGCCUCCAUGAUUGGCGAGAGAGAGAAGUGUUUGGUCGUUAAUAUCUCACCGUUCAAGAUGCUCAUAGUUAGUGGAGUAAAAGCCUGGAAUAAUGUUGAAGAAUGUGUCGUAACGAUGUAAAUAAUACUGUUGUAAGUGAUUGUCACCAGUAUCAUCUCGCGUGCUGUUGUGGGUGCUUUUAUGAUACUUAUGAUC